GGCCUGGCAUUCAAAAGUGAAGACGAGGUCUUCUCUUAUCAUGUGGGCCCUAUGAGAAGACCAAAAGAGAAAGAUGAGGUGAAGGAGGUGGAAGAGGCUUGGUCCCAGCCCGAACCGCCGGAGACUCCGCCGACCCCGAAGAAGAAGGGCCGCAGGAAGCAUCGCCGUAUAUCCGCGCAACAACGCUCAAGCGCAGGCAAUUUCUUCAGAUCCCUGGUGGGUUCCAAAGAGGAGUUGACGGUGGUGAAGGAACUGUCGAUCAAUUCGCAACAAUCUUCCAUCUCCAAAGCCUCGCGUCGUUGCUUGGAUGCAUGGGACUGGGGGAAUCCCCCAGCGGUUGGAUAUGCUUGGGAGUGGAGGUUCCGAAAAGACUUUGCGCAUGAGAUGUUGCACCUGCGAAUGAGAAAGGUAAAAAGGCUUUUGUUGACCCCAGUCAGUCUCGAUGUGAUUGGACUCGAAUUUUGGCUGGUCGACAAUAGGAAGUCGAGGGAGCCGAAAGAGCAGCAAGGGAAGCAAGAAGGGGUUCUUCCAACGCCUGCUACAGCGCAGACGCCCGAGCGUGGAGGACGACAUGGAAAACUGAGAUACGACCCGGCAGCCUAUCAGCUGGCUGCCAUGCGCGAACAGCAGAUGUUGUCCAAAGGAGGCCCUGCCAGCAGCUUGGUUUGGCGGUGCCGCGAGGAUCCGGAGGUGUUGGCGCUGAAAAACCAUGAGUUCAUGCCGUUGCCACCUGGGGAGAUGCUUCCGAAAGUUUGCAGAGGGGAAAAGAAACGCAAACCAUUGAAGUACAUGCGCAUCGACCAAUUCUUUUUGUUUCGCAGAGCAGCACGUUUGAGAUCACAGGCAAGUGAUGCACGGCCCCUUUUGAAAGUGGAGUUCACACCAGGUAAACAUCAUGAUGAUGUAGAUGUAGGAGAUGACCCUUCUGACAACGAACAGGAUGCAGAGCAGAUUUUGCCCAGAGAACCCAUCGAAUCCAAUGUGGAGCUGAAAUUACAUGUGAUUGUGGAAUGCAACUGGGGCAUGGAUCCUUCUGACUUGCCCACGAGAUACCUCCCGCCUGGUAAUUUGAGGAUGUUGCAUGUGCAGUGUGGCACUGAUGUUUCGCACUUGAGCUUCAAGUGGUACUCACAUUUCUGUCGGAGAUACAAAACGAAAUGGCGAAACCUCUUGAAAUUUUGCACUCCCACGAAUUUUCCUGCAUGUGAUGACUGCGCCGCAUACAAAGAUGCUUUUGAAGAUUCCUCAGAUCCAUUGGAUCGGUUCCAUGUGAGUCGACAGUACAAAGAGCAUCUAGAGUCUGUGGCUUCCGAUCGACAAUUGGAGAUGUACCUCCAGGAUGGAAUGGACCAGUCCAAAUGGGCGAUCCCCAGAUGCCGUCACCAGACUUUGACGAAACAAGUUGCCAAGUACGAGAAGGUGGCUUAUCUCAUGGAGAAACUGCAUCUCAAAGAAUGGCUUGGCACAGCCACUGUGCACGUAGAAGCUGUGACCACAGUCCGGGACUGGAAGUCAUGGUUGGAACAAGUGCCAAUCACAUACGCUGGUGGCAUCAAAGAGGAUGCCACUGGUGCUCACUGCUUUUUGUACAUGCGUCGUCGAGGACUGAUUCAGCCAUAUGUGAAAUUCAGAAUUGAGAACAUUGCCACCAGAUCCAGCUGCAGCUUGAUUCAAGCUGCUCAGAAUGUCACAGCCUUGGCCAGGAAACGAUCCAAUGCAAGUCUCGAGGAAGUGGAGGCUGAAAGCAGUGGUGGCACUCUUGUGACACCAGAGAAGCGACAUGGAUAUGAGUACUUUCAGGAGUCCCAGGCACAGAUCCUGAUGGGCAAGAACUACAUAUCGAAUGAAAGGAGUCCUGUUGCCCUGAAGCUGGCUGUUCAUGCAGCAGUGAGCCCAGCACAGCCUGACAGGAGAUCUUUCUUUCCAAAGACUGAUCUUGCGAAGCCCACUGGCGAUGACCCCAAGGGAUUCCGAUCAGUGAACAGCUCAAUGUCGUGGGCGUUGCUCAGCCUCGAAUCUGCUGCCAAGAAGAUGUUUCCAUCCUCCAAACCUUUGGGUGGCCGACAUGUUGACAUGCGAUGGGGUGUGGAGAUUGAGGAAUCAUGCCAGAAAAUCCUAGCCGGGACCUAUGGGACCUGUUGCUUUCAUGAUAUCAUGAGCCUUGGCCGUGGCAAGAAGACCUCAUGGUGCACCACCCAUAAGAACUUCUGCCCUGUGAGCGUUCCCAAGCAACAUGGUCGAGGGCCAUGCACUCCGUUCUCUCCCAUGGGACUUGGCGAGGGGGAGAAUGACGUGGUGUUUGAAUGCCACAAGAAGUACUACGAGACUGUUGGGGAUGUUGCAGAUUUGGCCAUCUGUGAAAACGUGAAGGAAUCCAAAUUGGAAGAAACCAUGUCUCGUUACCUUGGGGUAGCUUGGGAUGUCAAGGCUAGCUGUGUUGACCCCCGUCUGUUUGGCCUGGGGUGUGCCAGAGCUCGCUGCUAUGGGAUUGGCUGGAAGAAGUCUUCAUAUGAAUGGAGCAAACUUAUCAGCUUGGAAAGGGUACUAGGAGCACUCAAGGCUCAGCCAGUGAUGAAAGCUGAUGAUUACUUUUUUCUGACCAAGACCCCGGAGAUGAAACUGAGCCCUGCUGAAGAAGAGAACCGAAAGGCCUACAUGAAUUACUCUCGUGAUUGGCAGGUGGCAGACCUGUCCCAGUUGGUUCGAACUGGCCGUGGAAGGACGAACACUGUGGAAGGAUCGCCGAAGCUGAAGAUGAAUGAGGCCUCACCUGCUGCCUUAGCCAAAGCAGCAGGAACGCCACCAUCGGCGAGCAAGGCGUUGAAGACAGACUGCCUGGGCCCAUGGAGUAGCAAACUGCUAGCAUGUGCCCAGUCCUUUGAUCCAAUGCAAGACCAACACCCAGUCAGUUGGUUGCUGAACAACAUGGAUGUGAACUUGUGCCAGACUAUUCACCAAUGGGUGGCAGAAAUCUUAGAGGGUGAGCCUUUGCAACCGUCCAAUGUGAAAAUGCCGGACUGGGACGUGGCCGAGCUUUCUCCCUUCAAGGUGCCUCUCUUGGCCUUCACCAUGAAGGUGCCUUGCGAUGGCCUGCCAAUUCUGGAGGAUUGGAUGGUGCAUGCUUCGUCCAUUUGGGCGGUGGGAUACGAACCAUGGAGGGAGUCGGUAGAAAUGAAACCUGUGGAUGCCAGUCUACUGGGGCAGCCCUUGGAGUUUGGCUCCCUUGAAGUCACCAAAGGUUCGCCCCUGGAACUUCAGGUACUUGGAAAGACUAAAGGUCCAAGCAGAGAGGCAGAAGAAGUCACUGCUGCAGUUGUGCAUAGUGUUCCAUCGCCGUGCAGCGGAAAUCCAGCGGGAGCUGGGUUUCAAAAGGAUGGGGCGAACAUGACCUACUCUGAUGCAUGGCUGAAAGCCAUUGAAGAGUACAAUGGGUAUGGCUUUGCCAGUCGAGACCCCAAACAGCGCAUCGAUCGAACCCAAGCAAGUCUGAUGUUGGGCUUCAAGGUGGGAACUUGCGACCCGGUGUGGCAGCUAAUUGUGCAACAUCUCCAUGUGAACAAAUUUGAAGCUUCAGGAAAGGCACAGGUACUUCGUUUGCCGCCGGCUACUUGGAACCAGGAAGCUGAUGUUUCAUGUCUCGCAGGGGCAGUCCUGGAAAAGAUGCAAUCGUUCCGAGAUCCACAGAAUCUUCUCACCUUCCCAGGGGAGACGAUCAAGGCGGUCAUGAAUCGGUUCAUCGAAGGGGACUACCAUGAUGAGUUGAAAACAAUCGUGGAUGUGAAGGACCCCAUGAUUCGCUUGGAAGCCACCACCAUGUGGAUUGACAACCUACCGGAAUCCAAAAAACAGAAUGAUCCAAGCGUGCUCAGCCAGGCAGAUGGGAAGAUUGAUACCCUUGUCAAGUCCCAACAAAAGCUGGCGUUUGAAACCGAUUGUUUAUCUCUUGCAAGGGAUGCAAGCCAGCUUGCCACUCUCUACAAGGAAGAGCAGUCAUCUGAGAGGGCCAACCGGCUUGCGAAGGUCAUGCAUCUCAAGCAGGAGAACAGCUUGGGUUCCAACAUUGUCACCCAGCACAUGCUGCAGUAUUCCCAAGUCAUCUCUGGCCCGAAGAACGAUUUGUAUGCAGAAUUGGAGAAGUUCAUGCGAGCUGCCAAAGAUUGUGAUGCUGGUGUCGUUGUAUGGUUGGACUUCAUGAAAUACGGAGUUGUGUCAACUGCUGAGCUCAACAAUUCAGUUGACUUAGUAGUGAAAGCUUUGGGUGCCGUGCCUGACAAAGCUUGCUGCUUCGCAAUAGGGCCUCAGUUGUGCAGCGAGCGACGCAGUGGCCUACGAGACGAGUGGCGAAUAGAAGACAAAUUUGAUGCGAAGGCGGUGAAUGCCGAGCAUGUGUACUUGAGAUGUGAACCUCCACCAUCAGCCAAGCGUGCACCAAUUCAGUUUCCGGGGUGGCUAUGCAUGAUGGCUGACUGUGUGGAUAAUGCCUUCAGCACCUGUGCCCUUCUGCAAGACAGGAGCCCCCGCGACUUGAUUGCAUUCUUGCCUGAAUCGCAGUACGUGGUGCCCAUCAAGGACAGUUCUCUGACCGCGUCAGAAGGACACAGGUUUUGUGGCAGCAUGGCAGUUCCCCUUGAUGAUGCCAUCGUGCCUGCAGAAGAUGAUGUGGAGACACCGCAGCCACCUCCGCAGUGGACCUCAGAGCCAAAGAGCUUGGAGCAGCUGCUUGUGGCCCACCAGGCUUUGGAGCUCGACACCAAUGAGUUCUUGAUUUGUCAUGGCAAGUCAAGUUUCUUGAAGCCCGACAAGAUUGUCAAGAUGACACGUGAACAUGUUGGAACAGGUCAAUCGCGCACCGCCAUCCCUUUCACCUCCGGCUGGGGUCCAGGUGGUUCUAGCAAGUUUGGCAACCCCUGCUCGAGGACCAGAGCCCAAGCCAAAGGAGAGAGCUACCCGAAAGAGGACUUCUUCGUCGAAAAAGCCAGCAUCGAAGGUCGCAAAGAGCAUGAAGAAGGCGACUCUGAUGUUGAAAUGGAAGAGCUUUUUGGAGAUGAUCAUGGUGGCGAUUUGGAUUCUGAGGAAGAGCUGUCUGACCACCUCAACAGCCCGACCCUGGAGUUGCCUGGUCGUGGUGAUGAAGUUGAUGCCAAUGAGUCCAAAGACCCUGCUGAGCCAAAGAGCCUCAAAGCCGCUGGCGCUGAUGACAUGCGUGGUGCCUAUUGGGAUUUCAUCCACCAGGAGCAGAAAAAGUUGAAGAAGGAAUCCCCCGAGAUGAGUGGCAGGGAGAUCCUCAAGCUUGCUCGUGAGCGGUGGCUCACAUGUGAUGUGCGCAUGGCCAGUGUGAGCAAGUUCUCCAAGAGUGAGCAGAGCCGUGAUCCUUUGGCACACACCAUCCAGUGCCGUUGGGUGUCGGACAAUGAGCGAGUCGUACUCGAAAUGGCCUCGGAGAACUCCAAGAGCACCAGUGAUGCCAGCCCAUGUUCAAUCCGAGCCCUACUACAUGAACUUGAGGAAGCGAAUGUGGUGGACACCAAAAUCCAUUGCCAUCAAUGUGAACGACCAGGGCCCCAAGAUGCCAGCAAGUCAGGUGCUGACUACUUUCUGAUCAAGCCUGAGAAGAACAUCCCAACAUUUGCCUACACGCCAACGUUGUCAAACUUGAAGUUCUCUACGCUGGCAAGCAUCUUCACACGUGAGGUACGAAACCUCCGUGCUCCGCAGAUGAUGCCGCCGAUGGUCCUGGAAGACACGGCCGCCCGGUACGAAGACACGGCGCGUGACCCGGGGGAGACGGAAGACUUCAGUGGAGAGAUGCAGUCGACCACUGCCAGUUGGAGCUGGAGUAAACCCGGCUACAACUGGAGCAAAACCACUGGAUCCUUCACACAAUCGCGCGAGCCCACGAAGGACUGCGAGCUGCUUGUGCUUCUCCCAGGAGCCAUGGACCAAUCCAUCCAAUCCAUCGCGCGAUCCACCGACGAAGGAGCUUCGUUCGGAGGAAGUGACCUGACGGAUUUGGGUUCUUCGGAGCCACCUGGUUGGACGGUGAAAGCUCCCAAGCUCCCAGGGACACCUCAAAGGGAUGGUCCGGCCUUGCGCUACGUGCCGCCGCACGCGCGACCUCUGCCCAAGGGUGAGCGCUACGAUCCCUCACAGGCUGGCUCUAACUAUUUGCAGCAACUUCAGCUGAUGCAGCAAUCCUCCAAAGAUGCUUCCGCCAAAGACGCCUCUUCAAAAGACUCCUCGAAAGACUCCUCAAACCAGCGGCCAAGCAUCAUGAAGUUCAAACGCGCCGUGGAUCUCAUUCGCAAGUCGAAGCCUGAUGUGCGCGCAUCGCUGAAGAAUGAAAACAGUCGACCCAUCUCGGCAGCUUUGGACAAGAACAAUCGGCCCUUUUCGGCCACCUUCUCCGUAGCGUCGCUGGGCGCAGAGAUCAGCGCCUCCACUCCCGUCACCGCGCCCGCCCUGAGCGGCUCGGCGUCGGCGCCCCUGACGCGGCCGCGGCAGACUGUGAAGAAGGUGCCACAGCCUUCACAGACUUCGCAGGCGGAGCCAAGUCGACCCGAGACCACGGGACCGUCGGGACCGUUGGCACCGUCAGAGUCUCGAGAUGCUCAGCCCGGGACGUCAGGGCGUUUUUUUGUCUGGCGAGCCGACUCAGCUCUUCCCGCUGACCUUGUUGGGGACCUCUGA